AUGGAUAUGAUUAAAAACGGUUGGAUACCUUUAUCCCAAUAUAUUUUUAUAUUUGUUGUUUCAACAAUUUCUUUUUUAAUUAUUUGUUUUGCUUUGUGGAUGAUACGUUAUUUAACAAAGAAAAAUAAUUUUGAGUGUGCCCCAACACUUUUAGGUGUUUAUUUAUAUUCUCUCCUUUUUUCUUCUUUUUGCCUUUCAAUUCAAUAUUUUUUACUUUUGGUUUUUACUUUUUUCUUCAAAACAACUACAAAAAUUAUAUUUUGGACUGGUUUAUUCCCAGGCUCUUUAUUGCCGGCAGCUCCCGUUUCUGUCCUUUUUCUUUCUUUGGAUCGUCUUUUAAUUGUUUUAACUCCACAUAUUUAUUUCAAAAAAGCACCAAAAUUUAUUUUGGCUUUGGCUAGUUUAACAACAAUUUUUAUAUUAUUUUUUAUUAAUUUAAUUGUUAAUUAUGUUGAAAGACCUUUAAAUGAAAUUUCAGACUGUAUUUCUUUUGGUUGUUUAACUUCUGAUGCUUCUCGUUUAAUUUAUGCGAUUAAUCGUUUAGUUGUAGCUUUACCUAAUUUUAUAUCGGGAAGUAUAUUUUUGGUUAUUUUAUUUGCCCAUCGUCGACGUUUAGAAAAACAAUUUGGAAAUAAUAAACAAAAAAUUAAAGAAAAUAUUUUUUUAAAUAAAUCAAAAAGAAUGGUAAUUAGACGAAUAAAUAAAUAUUUUUUAAUUUUUAUUUUAUUUAAGGGAAAUCGUUUAGCUUUGUGGGUUGUUAUAUUCGAAUUUUUAUUAGAUUUAUUGCCAAAUACAAUUAAUUUUUUAUUGACGGCUUUUUUUGAUAUAAAUAUUUCUGUUUAUGUUGGGGCUUUUCGUUCAUUAACUUUUUGUUUAAAUUCUUUAUUUGCUUCCACAACACACACAAAAAUUCUUUGGCAUAUAUUUUCUUCUUCAAGUUUUAAAUAA